UCACAACCACUCGCUGACUUUGGAUGGGAGGAGGAGGGGGGAGGGGAGGAGGAAAGAGGGGGGUUUCGGUGAGGUCUGUGGGAAAGAGGCAUGCCAUUGGAGGCAGAAGAGGAGUCUCUGCCUGUCUGUGUCCAUGUCUCUGCUCCGUUCCCGGCUUCAUUCCGACAAAGACCGUCAGUGUCCCGCCUGCUGUGCUACCUCUGGAUUUAAGUCAGCUGGAUUACUGCUUGGACUCUCGGCUCAUUAUUCCACGCUGCCACAUUUAAAUGGGAGGCAAAGUUGGACCGCCAUGGAAUGCACGAAUGGUGAAAAACAGUUUGGUUUUUCUUGCGCUUUUAAGAGCUUCCUAGCAUUCAAAAUGAGCCCACUUUUCUUCUUUAAAAGUGUUUUUAUACGUAAAUUAAUUUGAGCUCUUUCUCUUCUGUAUCGCCUGUUUAAAGUAGGUUAGUUAUUUUGCAAUAUAACAUUUUGUACUUGGCUGCCAGGCCACAUUUUGAUGUGAAAGAUGAGUGGGGAAGCGGGAUAGAAUCAUGUCUCAAGCGUAACCUUUUGGAAAAGUCUGUCUUUUUAAAGCUGGUCUCAAAGUUUUACAUUGAAAAUGUGACUGUAUCACUUUAAAAAAAUUUUUUUUCCUGGGAUCUGUUACUGUCAGAUUUUGAUUUUUUUUUUUUUUUGGUCCAUUACAUUGGACUGCAUUUGAACUUGCAUCUUAUCCAGUUCAUCCCUCUCCAAGGGAACCCUCAAACUAAACUCUUCCCUGUUAACCCACUUAGACUCCCGAUCUCCCCUGUGGGGUUUUCUUUAUAACAUUCGUCCUAUUCUAGUGUACUGAGGAAAGCAAAAGCCAAACCAGCAAAGGGGGUACCGGGAAGGAAGUCACCCCCCUCCCAAAGGUGAGAGGGGGGGGAAGAUGGCAGCUCUCGCCAGCUCUCUCAUUAGACAGAAACGGGCGGUCAAGGACGACCAAGCCAACCGACCGGUAGCCAGCAAGCGCAAGCCCUGUCCUAAGAGCAACAAGUCCCUGUGCCAGAAACAGAUCCUUGUCCUGAUCUCCAAAGUACGGCUAUGCGGAGGUCGAAAAGGGCGAAAUGACAAAAGACCAGAGCCACAGCUGAAAGGCAUCGUUACCCGGCUGUACAGCCAACAUGGAUACUACCUGCAGAUGCAGCCUGAUGGCACUGUCGACAGCACAAGGGAUGAAAGCAGCUCAUUUUCACAGUUCAACUUAAUUCCAGUGGGGCUGCGGAUUGUGGCAAUUCAGGGGGCAAAGACAGGGUUGUACCUCGCCAUGAAUAGUGAAGGAUACCUCUAUACAUCAGAGCACUUCACUCCUGAGUGCAGGUUCAAAGAGAGCGUGUUUGAGAACUACUACGUUACGUACUCCUCCAUGCUCUAUCGGCAGACCCAGUCUGGCCGCUCCUGGUAUAUCGGUAUCAACCGUGACGGUCAGGUCAUGAAGGGCAACCGGGUAAAGAAGACCAAGGGAGCGGCACAUUUCCUGCCUAAAGUUAUAGAGGUUGCAAUGUAUAAGGAGCCAUCGCUACACGAGCUAGUCAGUGAGCCAGUGAGCCCACCUCGGAAGACGGUGAAGACAUCAGAUUCGCCGUCCCUAAAGAAUGGACAGAAAGAAGCUCCCAAGGCUGAGGCCUCAUAGCACAGGAGAAUGAGGGUGGGACAAAGGGUAGCAGUGACACUUGAAACAAAGUUGCCCACUAUGCACUGAGGGUGGCUGGGGGAAUGGUCCUCAGCGGCCACCUCAUUCCAGAAGUGCACUCCAAGAUGCUGAGGGAUAAAGAGUCAGCAGUCCAUCAGCAGCCAAGAAGACCUAAGAGAGGAGUCCCCCCUCACCUGAAACCACAAAAGGAAAGCCCAGGGUCUGAGCCAGAACUCCUACCACCGCCACCCCACCCUUUCUCCCAGUGUCACUUCUUUCUGUACCUGUUGUGAUUUGCUUACGUGCAGCCCCAUUUAUUUCUCUGUCAGGAUCAAGCUUCUUUGUCUGCUGACAGUUUCAUCUUUUCUCAUAUGCCUUCCCCAUCAUCAGCUCUAUUGUACUGUAUAGUCACCACACACACACAUCCAGCACUGACUCCGCAGGAUAAUCCUCACCCAUGGGCUCCCUCUUGAGCCCUAAAGUUGGUGACAGUGUGGCUCAGCCAGCUUUCCACCCACCAUCUGCCUACCAGCUAAUCACUAAGGUCAACUAAAGCUCAAAGUGAGAUGAUAUGGCUUAGAGACGAAAGAAAUCUGCAGGAAGCUUGGGUCGGGUCAGGUCAGCAGCAACUAAAAACGAAUCCUUUUCCUCUUUUGUUUGCUUUCUUUGCUAGCUGUGAUAAUAACCGGAUGAUGCUAAAAACAUUAUAUUGAAUAAGCAGAGAGGUGGGGAUGGUUGCUUCAGUCCUGCUGGAGAUAAGAAAGCGGAAUAUUUGAAUUUCACAACAAAUGCUAUAAAGUUCAGGAGCAAGGAACUGGUUGGUGUAGGUGUAAGCAGUGGUUCCCAGUAAAAUAAAUUAAUAACCUGAAGCAGCUACUCUUCUUGGGAAGAUGAGCCAUAAAAUAUAAUUUACUUUCAUGUAUUUUUGUUUUUGUUUUUCCAGACUCUAAUGGAAAGGGUCAAAAGGCUUGAGCAAUAUUUAUACCAGCAAAAACAAAAACAGGGGCAGCAUAGGUAAGUGAGACAGUGUAUGACACCCUCUUUCUACUGCAGUAAUCUCUAACAGGUGAUCGCUAAUUAUGGCGCUCGCUCAUUAAAGGCUACAAAUGAAACAACUGGCUCAUAUUUUAAACCCAGGGUGGAUCAGUCACCUGAAAAAGCACGCCAGUGUACGCUUUGCUCGGCAUCUGCUGUCAGAGUAAAGCCAGGUUUGAAGCCCAACAUCAAAGCCGAAGGAGCCUCUGAGUUGGAGCACUUGUUAUUCUGAGGAUGUCUGGCAGCUUAUCCACUCACUAGCUUUAUCAAAUCACCUUGGAAGAAUUGCCCUCAAAAAUGUAGUUGUCUGAGUGAACGUCUUGCUGUGAUUGUGUUUUAACCCCCUUAUGUCGCUGUCUUUUAGAGUAUAAAUGUUAGGUAAGAUUCUCUGUGAAUGAUGAAUGUGAAGGAUAGAAAGAGAAACUGUGGGUAACCUCUACUAUGUCCUUCAGACACAGCACAAUGUCUUUGACAUGUCUGUGUCGUGGAAUAGGUGAUACUUUGUACCACUCAUCACAUCUUUUGUGUGAUGUGUAUAUAUUUUAAAUGAAUGAGUGUCCUCAAAGGAAUCUUCAUUAAAUGUAACUUUUUUUUUUAGUUUCAAUUAACCGGUAUUUUGAUUGCAUCGAGACUGAACUGCAUGCAAUUUUAGAAUUGUAUGCAACUGACCUGAUACAAGGUGUCUAAAUGGGAGAUGUCAGGGAUAUUUCAGUAAUGGCUGCUGUUGGGUGCUGUCUGCUCUGGUAAGUCACUGAGGGGAAAAACAAAUGUCACCACAAUGUUCAGUCAAAGUGAAUGGUGCAUGGAUACUACCAACAAACACAGACAGCGUUAAGUCCCUCGCUAUGACAGGAAAGAGCAAUGUUGGGAGAUGGGGAAGCCAAACGGGGAAAAAAAAUGCCUAUUAGAUGGCUGCUAAAAAUUCCCCGAUAAUUCUAGGAAUUUCUGUGCAUUGGCAAUAGAGUUUAAUUUGAAUGGUCACAUAAUGUGCAAAUGUGCAGACAUGCUACAGAAAGUGAAAUAGAGGCUUUACGAAUGUGCCGUAUUGAGGGUGAAAAGUAAGUCAGAAAUUGUGUGCGGAAUUGUAAAGAAGUCAUCACACGGUGGCGGUUAUUUAGGAAGAGUGACGGAUUAGGAGGUGUAUUCUUGAGGAAUGUUGAUAAGGAAUGUGUGCAGUAAAGUAAGCAAGAAUUUUGGCAGGAUUGCGCGCGGCAUGUGGGUAUGAUAAUGAAUGUGAGACAAAGAGGCACUGUGUGCUAUUUAGGACAGAGGGUCUAUGGAGGAAAUUAGUUGGAGGGCUUUUCAUUUUUUUAUCAAGUCUUUCAUUUUUCUGGGCUUUUCCAGAGGGAGCUUCACUCAGUUUAAAUUUGGAUAUUUUGUCCUUGCAUUGCAGACCUACAAAUAUCUAUUUUGGAAACCCAAUGUUCUGCCUCUCGGAGGAGUCUGGUACAGCCUUGUAUGGGUUCUAACCAUGCAUUACUAACUACUGCAUGAUAUAAAUGUGUCUGCACAGCAGGCAGCACACGAUUUUGAAUUCUGAAGUUGAUCACAAGUUCACUCUAUGAAAGGAAAGUACUUGAAGCCCAACGCAGUGAAUGACUGACAGGAAAGGAAUGAGAUGUAAUAGCUUUUUUUUUUUUUUUUUACCAGACUUGCAACUAAUAGGAACUUUGAAAACACAAAAGAGUAUAAAAAUGUAUAUUUCUGAAGCUCCAGUUCAUUUUUUAAAGAAGAUUUUAAGAAAUAACCCUCAGCACCCUUUGUCGCUUGAUCCAAAUUCCUCCGUAGAUUCCUUAGUCCCAAAAGCCAAUCAGUCCUCACCUCUGUAGUAAUGACGAAUGCCACAGUAAGUUGUCUGAUGGUGAUACUGCAAGUAGACAGCCUAGAUCAGAGAAUGUCAGGUCUGACGUGAAAUGAAGAACAAAGUUGAAUGCUUUACCAGAGGGGCUAAAUGGAAAAGUAUGGCUUUAUGGCCAUGAAGCAAUGUUCUGCAAUGUAGAGAAGUUAAGCAAUGCAGCUGUUAAGUGAAACUAGUCAUGCUCUUGAAUGGAAAAGAUAGGAUAGGAAAAAGACAUGGUGGUCCUAAAAGUAGAAAAGCUGUUAAGAGGAUCUUUGUUAUUGUAGUUUAAAGUCUGAAUUGUUCUGCUUUGCAAGUGAGAAUGCAUUUAUGAAUACAGGUCUCGCAAAGCUAACAGUAAGGUGGUGACACGGAAAAUUUUAAAAAAAAAAAAAUGUUAUAGUCUGCGUGCCCACACAUGAGAGGUUUAAAGUCGUAAUCCCUAUCCCACACAGAUCCCUUAACCGAGUACCUACAGCCCAUUAAGUUUCUUCUCAACAUCACAUUGCCUGUGUAGGUGUGCAUACCUUUAGUGUCUUUAUAAGGUCUCUGUGUGUGAGUGUGUGUAUCUAUGACUAACAGUAUGGUAAGACAAGACAGAGAGGCGAGAAAAAAGAAAGGGCAUGAGACUGAAACAAUGAUCGAUAGACUCAAUAAAACGCAAACGAAAAAAACAUCAACCCUGCAAUAGGUGCAAAAAUCUCCCCAAGGUCUGCCAAAGACAGGGAAAUCCAUUUGAUCAUGAUGAACUCAGAGGGCUGUUGUUUGAUUUCAACCUGUAAACUCAACAAAGGAGCCACAUGGACAACCCCCGGUGGCUUUUACACUGGAUGAUGAAUAAAUAGUUUUCUCUCAUUUUGGAACAGUGUGAGCAGCAGUAGCCGUAGUCUGCUUCGAGACACACAUCUGCGAAAAGUAAACCAGUUAAACCAAAGGUAAACUGAACCUUAGAAGCAGCAGUUUUACUGCACUGUACAAUAACUAACCAACAUCCAGGGAAUUCUUUGCAGCAAACCCUGGUAACAUUUCAUUUGACAUGCGCAAAAACAAAACGGCCUUUUCAGGCAUAGCAUUUAUCCAUGCGCUACACAAAUUCAAUCUGAGCCAUGCACCUUUUUGAGUUUUACAUUUUACAAAAUCUAUUUUACCUGCAUGCAGGAUUUUCUUAUUGCUUUCUAAUGAACACUAAUGAUCCUCAAAAAUCCACAAAACCGUGAACCAACUUAACCUGCAUUCACAGUACAGAAAUGUGCGCCAUGGAGUUUGUCAAAUUAAAGGGAAAAAUUAUGUUUAACUAGCACCCUCUAAUGGAUGUAGUUGGUUGCUAAGAGGCAGAAUUUUUAAUCAGGGGCAGAAAGCCACAGUGCUGAAGGCAUAACUUCAAGAAUUUUUUUUUUUCUUCCACAGAAUUUUAAUAAGAUGGCAAUAUAUCAUGACAUUUGGCUGUUUGCAUCAUACCCUAAUGUGGUUAUAAUGUGCUCGUCGUGGGUUCCUAAUGUGGUUUUGAUGCCACCGCCUUGCUAUGCUGUAAGUUUAAAUAGUCAAAAUGCAGCAUCUCACUGAAUUUGAUUAAUGCUAUCCCAAUGAAUUAUUUUAUCUAUUACAACUCACAAACAAUCACUAAUGGUACAUGACAGUGGUCCAUACACAAGAGAUUUAAUAUAAAUUGGAUAACACAAUAUGCACACCAUUAUAAAAUACAGUUUUCUAAAAAUCCUUUCCCUCUUGCAUAACCUAAGUGGGGUUCAAACUGAUGGAUCUCAUUUUUGAAGGCAGUUGUGCCAACUAAAUACCUCAAAAACCAUCCUAAAUAAAUUAUAAAUCAGUCCUGGAAUUACAGCAGUACAAAAUGGAUGUGUGCCACGCUCGCUGUUCCAAGCGUUUUAAAUAUUCAAAACAGGACACUAACAGAAAUUGAGUCUUGGCUGCAACAUUGUUUUUUUAAUAGUUCUUUCUGAAUAAGGAUUUGUUUAAUGUGCAGAAUGCACAAAGCCAAAUAUGCUGAACCUGUGGAGUAUGCUGAUAUUUCUGCUGUUUCAGUGAGUGAAUGGCAUCUUUCAGGAAUGCCUGAGCAUGUGAGGAAUCUACACAGGGUAGCAGACUGCUUCCAGACAACAGAAGCUGGAUGGUUUAUAUGUGCAGGAUGCUGUGAGUUUACAUAUAUGUUAAUACUAACAAAUAUUGUAUAUCUGAUCUACUAACACAUAUUUUCAUUUUCUUAAAACUGUGCUAACUGUGUUAGUGUUGUACUUUUUUUUUUACUGCCUUUCUGUUGUUAUACCUUUUCAUGUUUUUCGUUGAUGUUGUUUUUAUGAAGAAUUGUUCCUAUUUGGUUGGACUUGCUCGGUUUUAUUUGUUGUAUUUGCUCAGCACUGUUGAACUUACACCGAUGGGGAAACUUCCCCCAAAAAGAAUCUCACUGUGUGACCGAGUCAGAAAGAUAAAAUAAAAACAGCAGAACAGUUUCUAAAGCCAAAACGUGUUCAGCAAUGACCUUGGUGGCAUCAGACUUACGGUCACACGAGUCUUCCAGACGGUUUCCCACUCUUGUUCUUACAGACUCUUAACUUCUCUCUCUCAAACUGAUCUCGUUGUCUUCCAAAAAACAAACAAACACUUUAAAAAAUGAAAAAGAUAAAGAAGCCAUAAAUAACACUUGGCCUUGGCACCGAUUAUCAACAGAGGGCAGGCCUGACUCCUCAGGCACCUCCCGAGUGUCACCAGGGAUUUAAACACGGACUCCUUGCACUAAGAGCCCAAAGAAGCAGCAGAAGCAGGGACGUUCUGGCUUUUCUGGAUAUGCCAAGAAGCAGCAAAGCAGGAGUAAAGACCAGCAAUAUGCAACCAGAACUACCAGCCUGCACUCAAGGAGGGGAAACAAAUCUAACAUGCUAACUGCACUCACAACUUGCAGGCUAUAAUGACAGUCUGCAAUAAGAAUUACUGACAUGGGUUGUUUUUUUUCUUAAUUUUGUGGUUUUUGCAAAGCAUGCAUAAUGUUCUUUGGCUCCUUACGGAUGACUCCCUCUCAGUAUCGACAGACACGUGCCCUCAAUUCACCCUCUCUCCAUGAUUGCCAUCAGACCUGUGUACAUUUCUACAAUAACUCCUACAUGAAAUGAAAGGAGAUGUCUUAUUCUGAUAUAAUAUUCAAUAAAAUAACAUAU